AUGGGUGGGAGCGGCACGGGUUCUCUGACGGAUAGAGGCUCCCUGGCCUACAAGAUUCGGCUACAGACAUGUAAUGAGUUCCGCUCCGCGCGAUUCAAGGCAAUAACUCCAUUGCCGUCUUCCAAUUAUGACGUGCCGAAAGUACUACAUCGAGAUUCACAUUGGCCCGAGCAUCUGUAUGAGGCAUUGAAAGACCCUCAGCUGACUCUUUCUAGUGUACAAGAUAUAUUUGACUGCUUCGGAGAAAGGACAGUAUGUUACGCCGUCAACAGAUAUAUGCCCCAAACGGUUUCUUUAGACGACGACGUCAAGGAGAUAGGGGAGCAAGAGAUGGUCGCCGAGGGGGAGCAAGAGAUGGUCGCCGAGGGGGACCAAGAAGUGGUCUCAGAUGGGAAGGUAGCGGAAGAAACGGUGAAUGUUGAUACGCUGGAAAAGUGGAAGCAGAGGGAUCCUUUAUGGUUGCAGGAACUCAUAGUGUGGUGUUGUGUAGUGCAGCUGGGUUCUUUAAUGGCGAAACGGAUUCGUGAGCAGGGUAAAUAUGAAGAGGAAAUUCGAGCUUUUAAGAGGUCUCGAUCGAGAUUAAUUUUUUGUGAAUUGUGGUAUCAGCUUUUGUGGAACGAAUCCUACGGAGAUGCUACCACAUGGUCUUCGUUGCCCCCGCGGAAUCCUCAGGAAGUUGUUGAGAAGAUGAUUUCUGAGAGUUUUCGGGACCUGCGGAUGAAAGAUCUGACGGCAGUGGAUUUGUUGGAUUCUUUCGAGUCAUUCUACUAUAAGAUAAUACAUCAUGUUAAGGAAAUUGAGUCUGCCAAUAGUAAGACUAUUGAUAAGUUGAAGCUAUGGUGGAUGAAGAAAGAUUACAAAUAUGUUUGCCAGACGUAUCAAGAUAUGGUUCAUAAGACAAUGUUUUAUGACGUCCUACAGUUAUUGGAGGAGUCUCUCGCUAGAUAUCUGAGGUGUAUAUUGCAGAUUUUGGAUUCAACCAAUCGACAUAAGAGAUAUGGUAUCCUUCAAUUGGUCCCUAAUAUAAGUCAUAACUGGUUGUAUAAGCUGGGUCGUACCCAUGCAUAUGAGUCUAUAUGUUUAUGCAUAAGUUGGUUUAUGACAAGGUCGUAUCGUGGUAUGGGCUUGAUGACUUGUGAGUAUUUUGUGCAAAGUCUUCAUCGAGUAACAGAAAACUUGGUUGAAAAAAUGCUCGAAUCCGAGGUCAUGUGGGAACAGAAGGAUUGGGGAACUAGAACUGAAUCCACAGAAGAAGAAGAGCUCAGACCGCUUGUGAAGGAGUUAUUCCCUAUAACACAAGAAACUAUGGAAGAACAGGAAAAUGUCUUCUUGUCGCAUCAAAAUACUCAUGUAUUUGAAGAUAAAUCCAUGCAUAAGAAGAACCCCAAAUAUCUCUUUGAGCUAUUAAUGCGGCUCUUAUGUUCUUCCUACCACAAUCCAACAAACGUGUGUGCGCGAAAUGGCACACACAUCCUGAGAUCUGACCUGAUUAGGCAGACGUUGGAGGAAAGUAUUACCAUAAUUGACCUCUCUCAUUUCAACAAGAACGCACAAGAACACUUAGCCAGCUUGGGUUCAUUUAAAUUGGACGAUUUAAUGAAGGGAAUGAUCUCUGGAGAGCGACAUGUAAUGCAACAGUGGUCAUUGGACUGGCUGAUUUAUUCUGAGGCAGCUAGUGAGUCCGCUAUUCAAAUGGGUAGCUGGUUUUAUCACGGUAGUACAAAGGACGAGCUGGUCUCCUUGACUGGGUCUUUGGUGCGAAUUAAGAACAAAUUGUUAGAGCUAUCUGCAAGUUAUAACGUCGGGAUUUUGCCGCAAAUUGCCGGUAUUGUAGACCGACUCAAUAUCAUUCUGCACUUGCCGCUGCUUACCACCUCGGGCGCCACGUUACAUUACCAUCUCGAAAAGUUGUGGGACGUCCUGAAUAUCUGGAUUAAGCAUUACGCCACACGGGAGCACAAGAUGACUGCUGAGACUGAGACCAUUAGCCAAGCAAUCACCCACCUCAGACAAAAAGAAGUAGCUGAAUGGUCGUCACUUUGCUACACCAGACAGAAGAAGGCCGGGCAGCGCUUUUUCGACGUCAGUGCUGUCAAAGUUCUGACCGCCGUAAUGGGAUGUCGGAAAAAAUGGAACACCACCGAAGCCGAGGUUGAAAUCGUUUCCCUCAUCGAUGAUAUUAUGCAAUGCAAACUGGGCGGCUGCAACGUAGCUGAAAUACCCCUCAUACGGUGCUUACUCAGGAGCCUCGCUGACAUCUUCCAUGAUCUUACACUUAACUCACAGCAGCAGUUGAUGCAACAGCAAGCAACCGAACAGCAAGCAACCGAACAGCAAGCAGCCGAACAGCAAUCGGUGCAAGAGCAAUGCCGGUGGCUAAGCCAGUUGCUGUAUAACUUGUGUAGGUGGACAGACCGGUAUGAGGUCGUCGCUCGAGGCUGGGUCCAAGCUCAAAUCACUCCCUGGAGGAAGGAGAUAUCCGACAUACAACAUCUAAUGAAACUAGAGGCGAGAACAGUUGAACGGGACCGAAGGAAUUUGCAGACGAAGCACCUACAAUUGGCGAGAGCAGUCAGUAAAAUCGACACCGUGUUCCAAACCACUUCCGGGUUUGUUUACCAAGCAGUGAUUGGCAGUACGUCCUGUGCAGAGAAGCUCAUCGCCGGCAACGCACCGUUCACCGUGGCCGAUUUAGAGCCUUUGGAGAACUUGGUACUCAAGUUCGACCUGUCCGGAACGGGCCACUCCGGAGCGGACAACGCCGAGGCGGACCGGCCCACGGAGGAUCAAGAUGGUGAGGAUCAGGACGGACGUGUGUGGACCGUGUCCGGGGCUCUGCGGCGACAGGAGGAAUUCUACAGUCUGAAGGAGCAAAUAGAGCAGCUCUUAGUGGACUUACCUCGGCCGCAGGUUCAGCGUCUGCUCGCAACGAUAAGGAACAAGGUUCGGAAAUCUGUCGGCCAGGAAGCGUGGAUCACUUGCAGUCGAAACCACGGUUCAAAACGGAUUGUACUCAGUGCGUUGGAAAAAACGUUCGCCCGACAUUACUGUUGUGAUGAAGCUUGGAGCAGCGUUAAGCAAGGCAGUCUUCCACGGAACAGUUUUAUUCGGAACAGUUUUAUUCGGGGCAGUGUUCCCCCGGAUAGCCACCUACGUGGAUUAAUAAGUGCUUGUGCAGAAUUCUUUUCGUUAGAAGAAAGUGCGUGUGACCCGGAGUUUCUGAAAGAGUGCGGUGAUUGGAGUUGUCUACUCGUGAACUUGGUUACGAGGGUGCUGGACUCCUACCGGCGUUUAGAGGUCAUGCGGCUGUGGUCGCAGCACCUUGUCCGGGUUUUGACGGGCGGUUUGGCCGACGGAAUGGUUAUGGUGAGUGUUUUCAGAGACCGUCUCUUUGCCGUGGAAAAUGUCUUGGAUGAUCUGGAAAGAUUCAGUAAGGUAAUUGCCUUGCUUACCGCCAAACCCGCAGUCGGAGAACCUGAAAGAAGCGGCGCAAUUGUUCCUCCGGCGUGGCUACUUGAUACCCAAAGUAGCGAAAGUUUAUCCUGGCACACACGUGUGCUCUCAAAUAUCCAAGACGAUUGCCUGGUACUGCCGCUGAGGAACUUUGAAAACUACAUAACAAAAUUGAUUUCCGACCUGAGCCACUGGCUCUCCGAAGUGCAGUCCUCCUUCGAUACCGGGCUCGGAAUCGACUCUAAAACUACGGACAAAUAUGUACACAAAAUCAAAAGCGCUAUUGCCGAACUCUCGGGUCUCCUGAAGGCUGUUAAGACGGCGCCUAUGGAAUACCUUAAUCAUGACGAUAUCCUGGCAGGGCAGGCGGCAGAGAUCGUCAGCAUUUGCCACAACCCUCUCCAGCCCGCUCCGACUGGUGCCUCAUCGACAGGCGGUGCCAGCGCCCCAGCCGGUACCCGGACAUCGGCUGACGACAUCGCGUCAGCCGUCGGUGCGUGCGGAAGCGUGGUUCGGACCUCGAUUAAGCGUUUCGCAUGCACAGCGACCGGGAAGGAGGCCGCCGUGACGGGCGAGGAUGAUGACGAGAAAUCAGGACAAAUUUUGGGCCGGCUGAGCACGAACGCGCGCGUAUUAUUGGAUGGCGUGCUGAGUCGUCAGCGGAUGUUAUUGAACGUACCGAUUACGUUGGCAGUGGUCGGUGGCCAGUUGGCGCGGUUCGGCAUGAACUUUGAGGCGGGUGAGGACGAGAGGGAGCCGGAACCCCGACAAGGCGAGGACGAGUUUGUGCAAGGCAGCGGCCUGGCUGAGGGGUCGGGUGUGAAGGAGGCGGGGGAGGAGUUGGAAAAUGAGGUGGACUUCGACACGCUACAGGAGGAGACGAAGCCUCAGGAGCAAGAGAAACAUGACAGCCCGAACGAGGGAAAGGACGUGCGAAUGGGCUUCGAAGGCGAGCUCGAAGACCUGCCCGACCCUGAACCCGGCACGGAACCGGAACCGGACCGCCGAGAAGAGGAGGAGGAGUUCCACCAAGUGGACGGUGGCGACACGCAGCAAUUGGAACCCGAAGACGACGGCGAAGACGACGGCAGAAAUGAGCAAGACAACCGGCUAAGCGAAGAACCGACCGGCCCGGCCGAGGAGCUGCUCGAAGAGGAUUUCCGUGCCAACCAAAACCCGUCAGACAAAGAUCCUUCGGGCAAGGAUGCUCACAGCGCCUCUGAAGCCGAGGCGGACGAGGUGGAGAUGGAAGGCGAAGGCAAAUGCGGAGCCGAAGACGAAGACGAAGGCGAAGAGCAAGGGGAGCAGGAGGAGCAGAGCUCACGUGACGUCGAGGGAGACGUUCGCGGUGACAAGCCGGAGGGUACGGAGGAGGCACGCGUAGAGGACGCGGACAUGGAUGACGCGGCUAUGGAGGAAGGCGAAGCGGACAAGACGGUGGACGUGGACGACUUGCUGGGUGAGAGCGAUGAGGACGAGGACGGCAGCGGGCCGCCGGAAGAGUACUUGGCGGAACACGGUGAGGAGGCGGCAGAGCCGAACGCGGAAGAAGGUCAAGACGUGGACGAGACGCUACCACCGGACGCUCGGACCGAUGGGCCCGAAGGGGAGGAGGAAGAAGAGCCGAAGCCAGAUAGAGGAGGGCGGGAAGACGAUGGCGGUGUCAAGGAGGCGGGACAGAAGGACGAGGACAUGCGCGAAGGUGGUACAGAACAGAGUCCGGAGAAUGGCACUGCCGAGACGGCCGGAGGCCUUUCGAGCGAGGGUGGCGGACAGCUGGAACAGGGCCAGGGAGGUUCAGCUGCGGAACGCAUUGCUAAGACCGACGCCGCCUCGGCCGGGGGUCCGCGGUCGUCGCGGAACGUCGCGGAACUGGUUACAGGCGACGAGACCCUGGAGGAGACCGCGGCGGACGAAACGGCGGCUGGCGAGGGAGACAUGCAGAUGGGCCAGCUGGACGAGACCGCGGAUGACAGCGCAAACGCGUUUGGUAAAAACGCCGAUGAAUUGCCGGCCGAACGACCAGACCUGCCGGUGGAUAGGCCGGGACGCCAACUGGCGGAUCCCGUGGCGGUACUUGAGGAGAUUGUUCACGAGCCAGAGUCUUCGGACAACCGGGCUAAAGAUGGCCAAGAAGAAGGUCCGAAGCGGGAAGAAGGUCCGAAGCGGGAAGAAGGUCCUAACGAUGGAAAGCAGGAAGAUGGCCAGAAAGAGGACCGGGGAGAGGACCAGAGGGACAGGAAAGUGCCGGAGGUACGGUACCGCGAGUCAGAACGGAAGGAGAAGGCCAAAAAGUCGCUGCUUGCCGACUGCGACCCCGCGGUGCAGGAGUUUCAGCGCGCAGACCCGAGCGUCGAGCAGGACGCACAGGCCAUGGUCGGGCGGCUCGUGGAGUCGCUGCGCACGGUCCUGGUGCCGACAAACCAGGGCCGGUACGAGGGCUACUACCGGACGGGCAAACGCCUGGAUAUGCGCCAGGUCAUCAGCUUCAUCGCGAGUGACUAUCGCAAAGACCGUAUCUGGUUGCGACGCACCAAGCUGUCUAAGAAGCGGUACCGGGUUAUUAUUGCACUCGAUGCCUCAAAGUCUAUGCACACGUUGGGUGUCCACCGCUCCGCCAUCGUCGCCGGUUUGGCCCUUAAAGGGGCGAUGGACCAACUUGAGGCCGGCGAAGUCAGCUUCAUGGAGUUCGGUCGUGCUGUUGGGACUACAGCGCCAGGGGUCGUUGGGGCCCCUGGCGCUGUGGUCCCAUCGGCUGCGGUUGCUUCGUCGGCGGCCACUUCAAUUGCAGCUGGGGCCUCCGCAGCUGUGGGGGGUGACACGUUCAACUCGAUGCUAUCGGGGAUGUUGCACAGCUUGUGUAAGGAUCUCGACAAUGCAGAGGGGUCUUAUGAUGCCUCGCUGGUCGUCAUCCUCAGUGACGGACGGUUCAACCACAGCAACUUGCACCUCGCUCUCUCACGGAUGAAGACCGCGAACGUUGUACCGGUCCUGCUGCUUUUCGACAAGAGCAUUUUGGACGUGAAAACGCCUGUUUUCGAGGGCGGGACAGUUACCUUCCGUCCGUGGCUGGACCCCAGCACCUUCCCGUUCAAGUACUACUCUGUCGUACAGAAUGGAGACCGCAUAGAACAGCUCAUCACCGAUGUCGUCAGAGAAUGGGUGGCCAAAGAACAACAGUGGCUCUAA